CGAUCGCUGAAAUGACACAGGAGGUCUAAAUUUGGAAUCAUGUACCAAAGUACGGAAAGUUUGGAGACGCCGUCAGUGAUUGCUGAUAUAGUAGGCGUACCUGAGUACAAACCACCCAGACCUAGGAUACAUAAAUUCACUAUACUUCAUUACUCCCCAUUCAAAGCAGUAUGGGAUUGGAUAGUAUUAUUGUUGGUUAUAUACACGGCUAUAUUCACACCAUACGCCGCCGCGUUCCUAACUCAAAACGACCAAGUUCAGGCGAUAAUGAACAAAAACCCAGAGACUCGUGGCGGAGAGGGUGUCGCCAACCGAUAUGGUGACCCGUUGGUUAUUAUCGAUCUACUGGUUGACUGUAUGUUUAUUAUUGAUAUUUUUAUCAAUUUCCGUACGACGUAUGUUAAUAAGCACCAUGAAGUCAUCUCGCAUCCUCGGAAAAUAGCCAUUACUUACUUGAAAGGCUGGUUCGCCAUCGAUGCAUUGGCUGCUAUUCCAUUUGAUUUAUUGCUGUUUGGAUCCUCUACUGAGGGGGCGACCACCACCAUGGGCUUGUUAAAAACAGCACGUUUGCUUCGACUUCUACGUGUUAUUAAGAAGCUAGGCAAUUAUUCACAGUAUGCACCGGCAGUGUUAGUUCUAUUAAUGUGUACUUUUACAAUAAUAUCGCAUUGGUUGGCGUGCAUAUGGCAUGCCAUUGGGAGCGCCGAGAGAGCCUCAUUAGCCGACCCUGAUAUUGGAUGGUUAGGCACAUUGGCGGAACAAACAGCGGAAUUCUAUUAUAAAAACGACACCAGUAGUGGACCUUCUAUCACUAAUAAAUAUGUGUCGUCGCUAUAUUUUGUUCUGACAACGCUGUGUACCGUGGGAUUCGGCAAUAUUUCACCGAACACGGAUGCUGAGAAGUUGUUUUCCAUUUUAACUAUGCUAGUUGGAUCAUUGAUGUACGCUACUAUCUUCGGUAAUGUGACUGCUAUUAUCGAGAGAUUGUAUCGCAAUAUGGCUCGUUAUCAAGAAGAAGUAGGGCUUGUAAAAGAAUUCAUUCGAUUUCAUCAAAUACCCAGUCCGUUACGUCAGAGAUUAAAGGAGUAUUUUGAGCAUGCUUGGUCUUACACUAAUGGAAUGGACAUGACUGAGUGUGUGCAUAUAUUCCAAGAUAGAAAUUUACCGGCAAGCGGGUACGAAACUGGAUAUAAUAUGUAA